CAUUUUCCUGAAAUGUCAUUAUCAGCCUUCCAUGAUCAAAACAAUGGCGGGUUCUGCGCUAAGACGAUUAAUGGCAGAAUAUAAACAGCUAACCUUAAAUCCUCCCGAAGGAAUUAUUGCUGGUCCAAUGAACGAAGAGAAUUUUUUUGAAUGGGAAGCUUUUAUUAGUGGACCAGAAGGAACAUGCUUCGAAGGUGGUGUAUUUCCUGCAACAUUAAUAUUUCCACCAGAUUAUCCUCUAAGUCCGCCAAAGAUGCAAUUUACUUGUGAAAUGUUUCAUCCAAAUAUUUAUGCAGAUGGAAGAGUAUGUAUAAGCAUAUUACAUGCACCCGGUGAUGAUCCUAUGGGCUAUGAAAGUAGUGCAGAAAGAUGGAGUCCAGUUCAAAGUGUGGAAAAAAUAUUAUUAAGUGUCGUAAGUAUGUUGGCAGAGCCAAAUGAUGAAAGUGGAGCAAAUGUUGAUGCUGCUAAAAUGUGGAGAGAGAAUCGUCCAGAAUUUGAAAGAAUUGCUCAAAAGCUAGUUAGGAAAACUCUUGGUAUUCCUCCGUAAAUUAAUCUAAUAUUUAACUGAAAAUGGAAACAUAAUUCAAAUAUGUGGUUCAGUGGGAAAUAUAUGUUGUGUUUAAAAUAAUAAAAUUUUAUUUAAAUUUAAUAAAUAUGCUUACAAACACGUCUCACACUUUCGGAUGAUAAGUAGAAAAGUAUUACCUAAAGAGAAAAUGGUGUUUAUUAGUCUCCAAAAAUGUAUUUUAUUUUCAACAUUGCAGUACAAACAUGGGUAAUCAAAUACAUAUGCAUUUGUUUACACUUAGAGUACUCUCGUUGUAAUGAACUAAUCAAAAACAGAA